AUGGUUAUGGUUGGCUCGUCCGAUAUUCCAGAACAGGUCGUUAGUCUCAAUGUCGGUGGGCAGCGAUUUGCCACUAGCUCUCAUACACUCACAUGGAUUCCGGAUUCCUUUUUCACCAGCCUUCUGAGUGGAAGAAUACCAACUGUACGCGAUGACAGCGGAGCAAUAUUCAUUGAUAGAGACCCAGACGUAUUUCGUAUCAUUCUCAACUACCUUCGUACGAAACAGGUGGAUUUGAGCAAUAUAGCACCGAGCACAUUGAAGCACGAAGCGCAAUAUUUCGGCUUAGCGCCGCUGGUGCGACGAUUAACGUUGUGUGAAGAACUAGAUGUGUCCUCCUGUGGAACGGUCCUUUUUCAUGCGAUGAUUCCCGCUCCAAACCUCCCAUUUGAACGAUCCGUAGUUGAAAGAAAGGCGCAGAACUGCACAUCUUCUUCUUCUGAGAAUGGAUCACAACCAUCUAGCACAGAUGUUUCAAAGUCUUCGACAAAUACUGAUACAACGACUUGUGGGUGUUUGAGCAAGACCGCGGCGGCAUCUGGUGGAUCUGUGAUCCCGGAGAGAGCUGAUGGAUGGUAUUCAAGACAUGGAAGCGGGCACAGCACACCAAGAGUAUAUGGGCAUUGCAAGAAGAGUUCAUAUGAACUCGCCAGAUAUAUUCGCAACGAAUUAACUCAUUUGAAGCAUCAGUCACGGGUUCAGUCCGAGGAUGAACCAGAUCCAUUGCGUGUGCGCAUAGUGAGGGCUCAUCACAAUUCAAUUAUUGUCGCUUACGCGUAUUAUGCUUGUGUUUAUCGAAUGAAGGAGUCUCUUGGUUGGCAAAGCGUAUAUAGCACGCCUCGUAUGGAAUCGCUAAUCAGACACGUAGCACUCAACACGAAGUUUGGUCCUCAGAAUACAGACAGAAUGGUGGCUGUGGCUUUGGCAAAUGGAAACAUACUUUUGUGGUCCCUCGAGGAAGGUGAUACUGCCGUGAAAAUCGGAACAUUUUCCUUGUCUGUUGCUGUGGAUAAACUCUUCUUUAUCGGCAGUCAAAUGGUUGCUCUAAGUCGUACAGGAAAAGUAGGCAUUUGGCAUUCAAUGACGCAUAACUGGCAGGUCCAAGACGUUGUUGCCAUAUCGUGUUACGACACCGCUGGGUCAUCUCUUCUGCUGGGUUGCACAAACGGUUCUAUGUAUUAUAUAGACAUGCAGAAAUUCCCAUUAAGGAUGAAAGACAACGAUUUGCUGGUGACUGAACUUUACAAGGACCCGAACGGUGAUGGUAUCACUUCAAUCAGCGUUUAUUUGACGCCGAAAACGAAUGUGUGCGGCAAUUGGAUCGAAAUCGCUUAUGGAACAUCAUCGGGUGCUGUUCGUGUUAUUGUUCAACACCCGGAAACUGUCGGACAUGGACCACAGUUGUUCCAGACGUAUACCGUUCACAAUUCUCCGGUUACACGAGUCACACUGAGUACAAAUCACCUAAUCAGCGUGUGUUCGGAAUACAACCACGUACGGUCAUGGAUGGUGACACGGUUUCGUGGUAUGAUCAGUACACAACCGGGCAGCACUAGUCUUGCAUCAUUCAAAGUUCUAACCUUGGAUUCUACGGACGAUUCGGUGGAUCGAGACUACGCUGAUCCU